CGCAACAAUCUGUUGGCCGCCGUCGGCUUCCUCGAGCUGGCCAACGCGGGCGAUUUCGCCGCCAAUGUGUGGAACGAGACGCCCGUGCCUAAGUACGCCCUUGCCAUGAUGGCGCUGGGGGGCAUUGCGGCGCUUUGUAUGAUCUACUUCAGCGUGCGCGACGGGGUCUUGAGCUUGGCCAACCUGCGCGCCCUGCGCGAGGAGCGGCGGUACCUGCAGAGCCAGCGUGAGCUGCAUUUGCGCGACGCCAACAUGCUGCGCACCAUCGACUGUUUUCUCGACAUGAACACGCGCGAGAUGGGCACCGAGCUCGUCGACCGCGUCGGCAUGGACACCCUGCUGGGUUUUAGUUCUCUGGUCGUCGGCAUCGGCACUUUCUUGGCCAUGGACGGAGACCGCCACCCUGUGCUCUUUCGCGCGAGCAACCUGCUCACUGGGUACGUGGGCAACACGCCCUGUGUCCUGUUUGGUCUGGUCAACAUCUCAUGGUCGAGCUGGGUCUGGGCGCGAUCAAAAAAGCAGCAGGCUGCCGCCCUGAGAUAUGUCAAGGGGUCCACGAGGAUAGGCCAGAUGCUGAGGAACCGGACCUCGAGCAUCCAGAUGCACGCCGCUUUACAUGGAAUCUCGGGUAUUGUCGCAGGUGCGGCCGCCAUGGUGACCGCGACAAUGUGGUGGGGUUACGUUGUUCUCCUGCCCUGCGUCAUCACGUCAGGUCUGGUCAACCUCUUCUGGCGACGCCGUGUGGGUUACGAGCGGCCCCUGGUCGCCCAUGAGAUCACUUCCAUCGAUCAGGACACCGUCCUCGAAGCCCUGCGCUACGCAGACAGCUGCUGCCAGCGCAUCUGGAAGGGCUAUGUGCUGGGAAAAGACGCCUUCACCACGCUAGUCCCAGAAGCCGAGUCUCUCCUAUGCGCUCUAGACUUUAUUCAAAAGAACAACCUCUUCGAAGACCUCUGCCUGCGUCUCUUGAAGGAUCCUGAGACCUCCCGCAGACUGCAGCAGACGUCUUCCGCUUCGCCGUCCUCUUCCACCGAUAACUUUGCUGCAGCAGAGGCACCAGCCAUCGAUUGGCACCAGCUGGCCGCUGUCGAGGACGAGGCCUGGACGCAGCACGUUCUCAAGGUCGCCAGAGAGCUGAUCAACGAGAAGGCGCUGCUGUCGUUUACCUACCAGGAGCGCCACCUGCUGGAAGUGCUCGGCUGUUACAUGUGCCGA